GUGAGGGGGUGAGAGGGGAAACCGGUUCCAUCCCAGGGCUGCGGGAUCCAGCCCCAGGGGCACCUGGAGUCUGGGGAAGGUGACUGCGGUGUGUCUGGCCCUGGACAGACUAGUCUUUCAGAAAGUGGUGGUACAUGGUGCCCAUGUGGUGCGCUGGGCUGGGCAGUGGGUGGAAGGAGCUGGGCUGUAGCUCUGGAGUUAGUGGGUGGGGAGCUCUGGAGGGGUUCUCCAUCACACUAUCUGCCCUGGGGCCCUGGCUGCCUCGCGUUUGAGUGAUAGCUAAUCUCUCUGUCCCACCCUGUGCACUUGCCAUUGCGCGUUUGCUUGCAGACACGGCCUGUAAGAUGGUGCGGUGGCUCUCGGCCAAGCUGGGCCCUACGGUGACAUCGCGGUACAUUGCCAGGAACCUGCUCCGCCUGCUCACGUCCUGCUAUAUGGGUCCGUCCAGACAGCAGUUUGCACUGAACGCUGAUGAAAACGGUCCCCUGAACGGAGGGAACAUCUACCAGAAGCGGCCAGUGCUGGGGGACCAGGUGUCCAAGCCGGUCCUGGCCUGCCUCAUGUGUGUGGCGCACCUGUAUGGAGAGCCCGUCCUCACCUACCAGUACCUGCCCUACAUCAGUUACCUGGUUGCCCCCAGCAGCGGGUCCGGCACUAGCCGACUGAACAGCCGGAAGGAGGCUGGGCUCCUGGCAGCCAUGACCCUGACCCAGAAGAUCAUUGUGUGCCUUUCGGACACCACCCUGAUGGACAUCCUCCCUAAGAUCAGCCAGGAGGUGCUGCUGCCCGUGCUGGGCUUCCUUACCUCCCCUGCCAUUGGGUUCCCCAGCGGGGCUCAGGCCCGCGUUGUCCUGUGCGUCAAGACCAUCAGCCUCAUUGCCCUGAUCUGCCUACGGAUUGGGCAGGAGAUGGUGCAGCAGCACCUCAGUGACACGGUAGGAACCUUCUUUGGGGCCUUCUCGCUGCUUCAGGAGCUUCCAGAUCAGGGCCUGAUGCUGGAGUCACUGAGCCGCGGUGAGAACCCCAGCCUGGAGACAUCCCCCUCCGAUGGGAGGCUGCUGCCACUGGACCCGGCUGUGCUGGCAGAGCUGCAGACGGUCUUCAACCCCGAGAUGGCCUACACCACAUACAUCCCCUUCUCCUGCCUGCUUGGGGAUGUCAUCCAGACGAUUGUUCCCAACCACGUGCUGAUCGAGCGGCUGGCUGGCCUCUACCUGGAAAGCAUGAACCCGAAGAGCCUGCACCUGGCCAGCCAGGAGCCGGCAGUGAACACAGUCUGUGCAGAUGCAGAUACUCGAGGCCUUGACCCCUUCUCUGGCCACCCAGAGGACAGUCGCUCAGGCACCUUUGGGAGCGUGCUGGUGGGGAACCGCAUCCAGGUCCCCGUGGAGCCACAGCACGAUGGUGCUGGCUCACUGGGCUUUUGCACCCGGGUGGGCGGCUUCGCUCCCAGCUUGGCCAGCGAGGAGAACACCCUGAAGCAGGACCUGCCACGCGGCGCCCACAUGCUGUGUGGGAACUGGCUGGCCUACUGGCAGUACGAGAUCGGAGUGAGUCAGCACGACUCCCGCUUCCACUUCCACCAGAUCAAGCUGCAGAGCUUCUCGGGCCAUCUGGGGGCCAUCAAGUGCGUGGCCCCGCUGGGCACUGAGGACUUCUUCCUGAGUGGCAGCAAGGACAAGACAGUCCGCCUGUGGCCCCUCUACAACUGUGGGGACGGCACUAGUGAGGUUGAGCCGCAGCUCACAUAUACGCAGCACAAAAAGUCGGUCUUCUAUGUGGGCCAGCUGGAGGCCGCGCAGCAGGUGGUGAGCUGUGAUGGCACCGUCCACGUCUGGGACCAGUUCACGGGCAAGCUCGUCCGGACCUUCGAUGCACUGGACAGCAAGGUCCCCAUCACAGCCGUAACUACUAUGCCGCCCCCGCACAGCAGCAUCUCCGUGGCCAGCGCAGACUCUGUGCUGCGCUUCGUCGACCACAGGAAGCCAGGGAUACAGCACGAGUUCCGCCUGGCCAGCGGGGCGAGCGCCGGGCUCAUCCGCUGCCUGGCCAUCAGCCCCAGUGGCCGCAGCGUUGUGGCUGGCUUCUCCUCCGGGUUCAUCGUGUUGCUGGACACCAGGACGGGGCUCAUCCUGCGGGGGUGGCCCGCCCACGAGGGAGACAUCCUGCAGAUAAAGGCUGCGGAGGGCAACAUGCUCAUCAGCUCCUCCUCCGACCACUCCCUGAUCGUCUGGAAGGAGCUGGAGCAGAGGCCUCUGCACCAGUACAAGUCGGCCUCCGACCCCGUGCACGCGUUCGACCUCUACGGCAGCGAGGUGGUGACCGGCACCGUGGCCAACAAGAUCGGCGUUUACUCCAUGUUGGAGCCUUUGGCCCUGCCAGUCAGCACCACCAAGCUGAGCUCCGAGAACUUCCGCGGCACCCUCACCAGCCUGGCCGUGCUGCCCACCAAAUGCCACCUGCUCCUGGGCUCUGACAACGGCGUGAUACGUCUCCUGGCGUAGCGACCGCCCCGGGCUGCCUGCCUGGCACCCUGGCAGGAGCCUGCACCCAGUCCUGCUAGCUCCAGCAGUAGAAGUGAAGGGGCAGUGUCUGCUCCUGGGGGCUGGGCGAGAAGCCGUGCUUACGAGAUGCAGGGAAAGGCUCUUGUUCAUGAGUGCUCGGCAGAUUGCUCCCAACCCCUGCCUGCAUCCAGAAAAGCCAUAAUGGAGAAACCUCCGCUACUGCUGGGAGAACUGCUGGGCACUGUAGGUCACUGCCCCUGUAGAGGCCUGGAGCCUUCCACACCGCAUGUGCCUGACUCCCUGGGGGACUGAGCUGCUCUCUAGACCAAGUGGACCCGGGCUUUCUCUCUCCUCCCUCCAGGAGGGGGGUGAGAGGCAGCCCUUGGUAAGAGAAGUGCACUGGCCCUGCACACUCCAGCUCAGGGUCCCUGGACACCUGCCCAGGGAUGGUGUGAGCUGGGCCUGGGAACCACCACCACCUCCCUCUGGGGUGUGCAGGGCACCAAAAUGCAAGCCCAGUGCCUGGAAGGCUGAGGGCUCAGAGGCACAGCUGGGUGCUCGAUUUGCUUUAUACUCUGCUGCAGUUCUGUUCACUUCCUCCCCUCUUCCCCCCACCCUGGGACCCUUCCUGACACCCACUGAGGCUUCACACUGACUAGGAAGAGGAGGGUAUUGGAGCCAGCUGUUCACCCGAGUCUCAAACCCCACACGCUGCCCUGCUCUGUCUGGAAAUGCACCUGUGGAGGGGGCUGGCCUGGGAAGUGGGGCAGUCCCCUCUGUCAAGGGAAGCCAGAAGGGAGACCUGUGUGUAGGGAUUCAGGCCCGGGGUCUAGGCAUUGCCUCCUGGGGUAGCAGGUGUGGACACCUUGCUGCUGCUGGCUCCUUUCACGCACUGUUGGGAUCUGGGUGCCCUGGGGCCUGACAGGUGUUUGCUGUGGAACAAAGUGGUGCAGGCAGCUUCUGCUGAGGGAGGGUGGAGUGCAAUCACUGGCCUGGGCGUCCAAGUACCCCUUGCUUGUCAGGUCUCCCUCCCUGUCCUGACAGGGCUAGAGCCAGGGUGGUCUGGCCCCAGCCUGCCCUGUGCCUCUGCUACCCUCCCCAGAGCUCUGUCUCCUGCCCCCACUUCUCUGGGACAGGGGCUGGAGCGGGCCUUCCAGGCAGCAGUGCCUAUGAAGGUAAAUGCCCAA